AUGUUUCGGGUUAAUAAUUUUGAUAAAUUACUUGAUAAAGCAACUAGCAAUCUACGUCUGGAACCCGACUGGCCAACAAUCCUUCAAAUUUGUGAUUUAAUUAGACAAAAUGAUUGCUCUCCCAAAUAUGCAGUUGCGGCUGUUAAAAAGAAGCUGUACUCACAGAAUCCUCAUCAGGCUAUGUUUGCACUAUUGACACUUGAAAGUAUUGUUAAAAACUGUGGAUCUGGAGUGCAUGAUGAAGUAGCAUCUAAAGCAUUCUGUGAAAUGCUUAAAGACUUGGUUAAGUCAACUCAACAUGAAAACUUACGCAGUAAGAUCCUAGAGCUUAUACAAGCAUGGGCAUUUGCAUUCCGAAACUCACCAAAGUAUAGAGCUGUGCAGGACACUGUGACCAUUCUUAAGGCUGAAUCUUUUAAAUUUCCUCCAUUGAAAGAAUCUGAUGCAAUGUUUUCUGCUGAUACUGCACCAGAAUGGGCAGAUGGAGAAGUCUGUCACAGAUGUCGUGUUGCAUUUUCAUUAAUGGUAAGACGCCAUCAUUGUCGAGCUUGUGGCCAAGUGUUUUGCCAACAAUGCAGUUCUAAGACAUCCACUUUGCCUAAAUUUGGCAUAGAAAAGGAGGUCCGCGUUUGUGAUGCAUGUUAUGAUAAAGUCAGCCGCCCACCAUCAUCUACUGCUAAACCUAAAUCAAGCAUCCUUGGAAGUGAAAUAAGUACAACUCCAAAUCAGGAUCAUUGUUUAAAGUCCAGCAAGUAA